GUACAGAAGAGGAGGGUCGCGUGAGCGUGAGAGGGAGUCGGGGAUGCAUACAUUCGCGGAUCCAUAGAAGAAGAAGACGACGACGACGACGACGACGAGCUACACCACCACCACCACCACCACCACCACCACCACCGCCGCCGCCGCCGCCGCCGCCAUAAUGCCGCGCAUCAACCUGCCGCCCAUCACGCGCACCCUUCUGCUAGUCCUCAUUACCUUAUCGUCGCUCAAUGCCGUCUUGCGAACCACCAAAUGGCGCAUGUCCCUCGACUCCAAUCCCGCUGCAACUACAGCCACCGACUACCUCUCGAGCCCGCGAUGGUCGGUUCCAUACCUGGUGUGCGUGCCCACACAGAGCAUUCGCUUCCCAUGGACUGUUCUCAGUGGAGCUCUGAUCGAGAACAACGUGGUGUCGCUGGUGAUCAGUGGUAGUGUGUUGUUCUUCGGAGGCAGAUAUCUCGAAAGAGCAUGGGGCACCAAGGAGUUCGGCAAAUUUGUGCUGUUUGUAACAAUGAUACCCAACAUUAUCACGUUCUUCAUAUACGCGGUGUGGCACGGGCUAGUGGUCGCUGCGCCUGAACAUCCCACGCCUCUUAAUGGUCUCGUAGCUCUCGAAGCGGGCUUUUUAGUAUCCCUCAAGCAACUCGUGCCUGAACACACAGUAUCUAUCUUCAAAGGCACCAUCCGAAUGCGCAUCAAGCAUUUCCCAGCAGUCUUCGUUCUCGCAAACAUGAUCUCUGGGCCCUUACUCGGAACGGAUACAGCCUUCUGGUUAAGUCUCCUUGGAUUCCUCACCUCCUGGCUCUAUCUCCGCUUUUUCCGUAUCUCAGACAUCUCCAACGCAACUACCGGAGGACAAGAUACGAUCAUCAAGGGCGAUGCAUCCGAGACAUUCUCUUUCACUGCGUUUUUUCCCGACUUUCUACAUCCCAUCCUGUCACCCAUAUGCGAUGGAGUAUACAAUCUUCUCGUACAACUACGUGUGUGUACCCCAUUUUCCGAUCAAGACAUCGAAGCCGGAAACGAGAAUGCUGCAUCGAGAGCCGCCGAAGGUGGUUUGCCGAGCUUCAAUAGUGGUGGUAGCGGUGGCAGACGCGCCGAAGCCGAACGGAGAAGAGCGAUUGCGCUCAAAGCUCUAGACCAAAGACUCAACGCUGCCGCUGCGAGCAGAAGCGCGGGCGCGCCUUCUGUGACAAAUGUACAAGUGACUUUGAGUGCCGAUGGUCCUGAUGGUAAUGGUGGUGGUGGUGGUGUUGAUCAAGGGGUGGAGAACGCGGAGGAGAAGAAUAAGAAGAACAAGGGAUUAGCGGUCGAAAUUGAACAAUCAUAAGUACCUAGUUCUGUACGAUCACAUAUCGACUUCACUUUUCG